AUGGAUGUUAUUAUUAUAUCGUGCAUGAUUAAAUGCAUUAAAAAGACGAAAUCUCCUCAUGAUGAUGAGAAUUUAAUGGAUGAUAAUAUUGUCGUUGGUGAAGAUAUCAUUAAUAAUAGUGGUGAUGAUGAUAUCACACUUAGUCAACCAAAUGGUGGUGAAAAAAUUUAA